AUGCUCCAACUCUGCCAGGACACAGAUCCAUAAGGUCAGCCCUGCACCCUGAGCAGCUCAGGGRAAGGAGUCACACAAGCAGCGCCUCACAUUCUGUCCUCUUCUGCUCUGGAUAGAUGGCUCCAUAAGGUGGCUGUGGAGGAUGGAGCAUCCAUGAGAGCCACUCUUCUGCUGCUCUGGCUCGAAGUGUCUCUGUCCCCUUCUAGCCUCUCCCAAGCUGGGCCCACCCAACAUCUCAGUUCCCCAGAAGUGGUGAUCCCCUUGAAGGUGACCAGCAGAGGCAGAGGUGCAAAGACUCCAGGAUGGCUUUCCUACAGCCUGCUAUUUGGGGGCCAGAAACACAUUGUGCACAUUAGGGUCAAGAAACUAUUAGUUUCUGCACAUCUUCCUGUGCUCACCUACACAGAGCAGCAUGCCCUCCUGGAAGAUCAYCCCUUCGUCCCAGAUGACUGUUACUAUCAUGGUUAUGUGGAGGGGGCCCCCGAGUCUCUGGUUGUUUUCAGUACCUGUUUUGGGGGUUUUCGGGGAGUGUUACAAAUAAAUGACCUCACUUAUGAAAUUGAACCCAUUAGGCACUCUGCCACAUUUGAACACCUGGUUUAUAGAUUACACAGUAACGAGACACAAUUUUCACCCACGAGCUGUGGUUUAACGGAGAAGGAAAUAGCACGUCAACAACUAGAAUUUGAAGUGAUUGAGAGCUCAGAUUGGAAACAAAAUUCUACUAGGGACUGGUGGACCCACACAUGGUUUCUGGAGCUGGUGGUAGUGAUAGAUCAUGAUUUCUUCGUUUACUCUCAAAGCAACUUGUCAAAGGUGCAAGAGGAUGUAGUUCUUAUUGUCAAUUUAGUGGAUUCCUUAUAUCAGCAGUUGAGCACUUAUGUAAUUUUGGUUGGGAUUGAGAUUUGGAAUCAAAGAAAUGCUUUCCCAAUGGUAAACAUAGAACAGGUUUUAGAAGAUUUUUCUCAGUGGAAACAAGUCAGUCUUUCCCAGCUACAGCAUGAUGCUGCACAUAUUUUCAUUAAAAAUGCACAUAUAAGUAUACUUGGUCUAGCCUAUGUUGCAGGAAUAUGUCGUCCUCCUAUUGAUUGUGGAGUUGAUAAUUUCCAAGAAGACCCCUGGUCUCUUUUUGCUAAUACUGUGGCCCAUGAAUUAGGUCAUACUUUGGGUAUGUAUCAUGAUGAGGAUUUCUGUUUUUGUGGGGAAAAAGGCUGCCUUAUGAGUACUUUCAGAGUACCAGCAGAGAGAUUUACCAAUUGCAGUUAUGUUGAUUUUAUGAAGACCACAUUAAACCAAGGAUCAUGUCUGCACAACCAUCCAAAGCCAGGGGAAAUAUUUUUGCUGAAGCGCUGUGGAAAUGGUGCAGUUGAAAGAGAAGAGGAAUGUGAUUGUGGAUCCAUACGUCAGUGUGAGCAAGAUCCUUGUUGUCUGUUGAACUGCACCCUGAGGCCAGGUGCUGCUUGUGCUUCUGGACUUUGUUGCAAAGACUGCAAAUUCGUACCAUCAGGGGAAAUCUGUAGACAACAGGUCAAUGAAUGUGACCUCCCAGAGUGGUGUAAUGGGUCAUCCCAUCAGUGCCCAGAAGAUGGGUAUGUACAGGAUGGGAUCCCUUGUAGUGAAAGUGCCUACUGCUAUCAAAAGAGAUGUCAUAACCAUGACCAACAGUGCAAGGAAAUUUUUGGCCAAGGUGCAAAGAGUGCAUCUCAGAAUUGCUACCAAAAAAUCAACUCCCAAGGAAACCAGUUUGGCCACUGUGGUAUAAAUGGCACAGUGUACCUAAAAUGUAACAUGUCUGACAUCUUUUGUGGGAGAGUUCAGUGUGAAGAUGUGGAAGACAUUCCCCAUCUCCAAGAUCAUUAUGUUUUGCAGCACACUCGCAUCAAUGGUGUCACCUGCUGGAGUUCUGUCCAUCAUUUAGGGAUGGACUUACCUGACAUUGGGGAAGUAAAAGAUGGCACUGCCUGUGGAACAGGAAAGAUCUGUAUCGACAAAAAGUGUGUUAGUUUGUCUGUCUUGUCACAAGACUGCCUUCCUGAGACCUGCAAUAUGAAGGGGAUCUGUAAUAACAAACAUCACUGCCACUGUGGUUAUGGGUGGUCCCCACCCGAUUGUCUGCACAGAGGCUACGGAGGUAGUGUUGACAGUGGCCCACCCUUAGGAAAAAAAAUAGYUUUAUUACCAGGAAUCGUGAUUUUUUUAUUGUCUGUUUUGAUUUUUCUGUUGACUAUUGGGCUUUAUGGAUAUCCUCGAAUGCAUUCUAGUCCCAAGGAGACCAAAACGCACUCACCAAGUUAA